CGUCAGUUCAUUCAGAACAGUCAAAGUGCGCAGACCACUGGAAGAGCAGAAAGGACAUUCCGACCAGGAGUCGAAGUCGACCUCCCACCUACGGCCAGAUCCGCAUCCAUAUCCUAUUUGAAUCCCAGUUUUAGUAGUGAAAAGACCCCUUAAAGUAAAAAGAUCCGUAAAUAUGAAAAACAAUUCGAUGCCCAGGAGCAGUUUGCUGGUAAUCCCGGCACUGAUCCUGUGCCUCAGCCCGCUGAUCUGGGCGGUGCCCGCCUCCGUUCUGGCCCAGGACACGGAGCUCUCCACCAGCGCCAGUCAAAAGUUCCAUCAGCAGCAGCAACAGCAGCAGCUGGAACAGCAGCAACAGCCGGCAGCAGCGAAACGCUCCGAGGAGGCGACCGCAAAUGCCGUGCCCUCGGCGGACAAGAAGUCGAGUCCGGAAAUUGUGCCCGCUUCCUUUAGCAAUGCUCCCUCGGCCCGGAACAAUCCCAUUCCGAUCUCCUCCAGCCAGGCGCAACAGGUGCCAUCCGGCAUCUAUGCCCUGCCCUCCAACGAUGAGAUCCUGGCCGCCGUGGCCGCUGCCGCCCAGAAUAGCCAACAGCAGCUGCAGGAGGAGCCAACUGCCUUGGAGGAGGCGGUGGCCAGCUCCACGAUGCGCAAGCGGGGCAUCAACUACGAGUACAACCCGUACUCGCCGCUGGCCUCCAGCGACUACAACAGCGAUGUUCCCAGUGGCGUCUGGUCGGAUGACUACGAGGCCGCCGUUCCGGUCAGCUAUGGCGAACGGGACCUCCAGGAAAUCGAUGACUACGUGCCGGAGCGAAGAGUGAGUGGAUCGAGUGCCCGAAACAAGGCCUACGAUAAUCUGCAGAAUCUCCUCAAUGCCGAGGCCUAUCUGGAGAGCAUUCCCCUCUCGGUUCCGCUGACCUAUGCCAACCGGAACUACAACUUGGAUGACCGGAACAAGCGCGGCAUCUACUACAACUUGGGCAGCACUGGUGGAAAUGGUGCGAGUGGCCUUUCAAGUGGAAGUGGCUAUAAUAGCGAAAAUAUCAACCUCAACAAAUACCGACGCUUCAAUGAUAUGCGACUGAAGCGCGACACCCAGUUGAAUCCCGCUGAUAUGUUGGCUCUUGUCGCUCUGGUGGAGGCCGGAGAACGGGCGCGCAAGGAGACCGAUGUGGAGAACUCCCAAGCGGUGCCCAUGAUCGCCUCCGAUGCCGAUCUGGACUAUGUGCCGGCGGGCAGUUGGAUGGAUGUGCCCGUACAGGCGCAACCCCCUCUGGUGGACUACUACGGAUUGGACAACCAAAAUCAGAACCAGGUGAUGCCCAAGUACGAGUACCUGCCGCGCCAGCACAAGUACAGUGGAGUCAAUAGCCGUUUUGGUUCCUCAAAACAGCGUUACAUGGUGGCCAAGAAGAAGCGUUCGGUUAGCCAAAGUCAGUUCAUGAACGAACCCGUGGCCGAACGUGGAUCCAGCUAUAAUGGCGAGAAGUACUUCUAAAGAUCCCAAACGCAUCGAUAGUCUACAUAUAUAGUAUUUAAUGAUAGCCACAGGCCCCACGAAGAGUAUUUCUCGUUUUUUUGAACAUUGAACAUGACAUAAUCCAAAAAAAAACACAAUGAAACCCAAAAAAAAUACCAACUUUCCAAUUCAAUUAUCGUAAUGAGAUAGUGUCAAGGUCAACUCGUGUGCAAUUUUUGUGUAGAAUUUCAAUUUUAAACCAACUAACAAGAAUUAAAUUAUUGUUAUAUGCAUAUGAACAUUAAUAUAUAUUGUAUGUCAAGAACAUAAUCAAAUCAAUGUUUUUAGGAGGCCGAAAAGGGUUCGGCGAUUUUGCCCACGAAAUCUAACUUUAGCCUAACCGAAAUGGAACUAAACCGAAUCUAUGCCACUUAAUCCCUGUAAGAAAUCGAUGUCUAUGGCAACUAAAUGUACAAUUACUGAAAUUCAGAGAAACCGCAACUAUCUGUAUCUACUUGUGUAAUACUUAUCGAACUAGAGGCUUCCCGACUAGUACAAAAAAAUGAGUGGAAAACGUUCAAAUAUAUAAACAUAUACAAAUAUAUCGAUGGCAACAAUCGCCAAAAUCGGCUAGUUUUCAACCUUAAUCGAGCUCAGAAGCGACAAUGGUCCUCUUAACCGCUUUAAUUUAAAACUGAAAAAUUUAUAAAGCCACCUCAUUGGGAACUACACUUUUAUAUAGACACGCGCCGACUUGGGGACAAAACGAUCUGACAACGGAUGAGAAUUUUAAUCGUAUAUACCUAAUGAAUAUCCGCAGCUAAAUAUAUGGUAAAAUAUAUAUAACUAUAUGUAUACAAUAUGCAAACUAUUUGUCGAAAUUAAGAAGUGGCUCAGGAGCAUAAAUAUUUUAAAUAUUCUAUGCCGUCGACGGAGAGGCGUAUCUUUAAUUUGAAUGAAAUUGUCUGACUGUUUUUGGUAAUAAUCAAAUAUACAUACAUAUUGUACUAUGGAAUAUGAUACAAAAAUAAAUUAUAUUACUUAUACAAAGAUA